CUCCCGGCCUGCCCUUGGGCCUGGCUCAGGCGUUCGCGGGGGAUUCCCGGGCGGCUGAAAUCCCCGUCCAUGGCCGCGGCGGCGCCUGCUUGAGCGCCAGCGGGGAGCGGACGGGGGGCUCCGGCGGGGCCCCCUCAUGGCCCUUCCGCCCCGCGGGGCUGCGCUGUGAGGCCCGGGCCAGGCAUGGCCUCCUCGCCCGCCUCAGGGCCGCCUGCCCAGAGCGGGCCGCGGGAGCCCAAGCGGCUGGAAGCGGCGGGCGACGAGUGGUGCGACAGCGGCCUGGGCUCCCUCGGCGAGGGCCAGCUGGGCUCGCUGCGCGGAGAGGUCGCCGGCCUGGCCGCCCGGGGGCAUGAGGAGGCGCCGCCCCGAGGGGGCGCCCCCAGCCCCGCCAAGGACGACGACGGCGGCUCGGAGCGCCUGGACUCGGCCCUGGGGGACUCGCUGGCCGGCGACGAGGACGUGGGCGGGCUGGCCGAGGGCGUGGGCGCCGUGCGGCUGCAGGGCCAGGAGGCCGCCGUGGCCCCCGAGGCCUGGCUGCACCACGUGCUGGGCUUCGUGACCGAGGACGGCGACACAGCCCUCCACCUGGCUGUCAUCCAUGAACACGAGGCCUUUCUGGACUCCAUCCUGCAGUACACGGAGGGGACAGAUUAUCUGGAUAUUCAAAACGACCUUGGACAGACAGCGCUGCACAUUGCAGUCAUCCUCGAUGCUUCUGAUUUCGUUGGCAAAUUAGUGUCAGCAGGAGCGGGGCUGUGCGUGCAGGAGAAAGGUGGACACACUGCCCUGCACUUGGCGUGUCGCGAAGGGCGACGGGAAUGUGCGCAGCGCCUCCUGGCUCUACCUGUGUCGCAAAGGCCCUGCCAUGGGAAUGGCUUCCGGGCCCAGCUAGACUGCACCAAUUACGAUGGUUACACACCUCUCCACAUUGCUGUUUUGCGGAAAGAUUUGGACAUGGUCAGUCUCUUAAUUGCAGGGGGAGCUGAUCUCAACAAACCGGAGCUGAGCUGUGGACGGAGCUCCCUUCACUUGGCAGUGGAGUCGCAGAACCCCGAGGUGGUGGAGCACCUGCUGCGGGCCGGAGCUAACCCAGAGGCCCGCAUGUAUGUCGGCUACACACCCAUGUACAGUGCCGUGCAUCGGCCCAACCAAAAAAUCCCACAGCUGUUGCGGGAGUUUGGGUCAGAAGAGCCCGACUGGGAGUCGGAAGAGAGCCUGGACAGUAACAGCGAGGAGGAGUACGACGACAUUGUUAUCAACAGUGGGCGUUAGAAGGCCAGCAGAGAGAAUCUUUGUCGCCUGGGACUCAAUCCAUUCCACAUGCAACAUUGAACCCGCAACAGCUGACUGUGAUUCCCGUAGCAACUGUAUCUUCACUGUGAGCUUGAUAUGAAUUAUUUAUAGGGGGUAGGGGGGCAGCUGUGUCGUCGCUGGGGAGCAGUUCCUCACACCCCAUUCCGACUGGAUUUCUCCCUCAUUUUGUUCUUGUAGUUUUAAAGGAUUUCUAUUAGUUAUUGUCCAAAAUUAAAAACCAUUGAGGGGUGGGGAGUUACUGUGAUUGCAUUUCUGAUAAAUUCCUAGCAUGAGUCUUUCCUCUUCCCCACUCCCCUCCCACUUUGUGCCUGCUUGAGAAGCAAGAAGAAUCCAAGCUCUGUCUUGCCCCUGCUGCCAUCGUGUCAGAAACUGGAAGUGGUAACUGGUUCCAGGGCCACAGUCUGGAUUUUUGCACCACUCUGGUCUUUAAGCCUUUUAAAAGGCUCCUUUGCUAGUUUGCAGUCCAGCAAUAGGUUCAGUCACCAUAGCCUUAAUCCCAAGUGAUGCCUCUCACAAUAUGGAUGUAGUGGGGGUUGAAAUGUUUCCUUUUUACCCAGUGAAAAGCUUACAAGGAGGCUGCUCUGGUCUUUGCCAUCUCGCACCCCACCAUGUGAAUCACUUCUCCUGUGCUUUGGCUCUUUAAGGCUUUCUAGAACCUCCCCUUUUCAAGGGUGCUGCCUGGAGGCUGAGCAGGGAACCAAAGUGGGGGGUGGGGAGGGGAGCAGAUGGCAAUUUCAUCUUGGCCCUCCCUGGGGCCUAGUUUGAGCAAGCACUUAUCUCCACUUCAUGAAGUGAGUGUAUCCUAUAGUUGCUAGGCAACCAAAGUGGUCAUUCUAGAGCUAAGUAAUGCACAAGCCUGGUGCCCUAUUGGAUUUGAGGACAGGGCUUUGGUUUCCUUCAAACCCCAGAAAGCAACUAGCAUCAAAUAGGGGCAGUUUCUCCUGUCUCCCCACCCCCGAGAGCUGAAAGUGUGGAUGCAGAGCAAACGGCAGGCCUCCUUCCCCUUGCUCUGCAUCCACAAUGGGUUUAUUUCUCCUUGGAAACUGCCAGCCGGUGGAAGCUUGAAAGAUAGCAAACCAAAGUGAUUUCUCUACUAGCCCCACAGUACUUCCUAUUAGUCCUCAAAGGUCAACCUAGAUCCUUAUUCGUGCUGGAGAAGCCCCCCCCCAACCUUUGUAGGCUGCACGGAAAUAGAACACCUGAACAUUCUUUUUCAACUGGGGGUGCUUCUGCAUUGGUCAGGUUUCAGCAGGUUCAGCACCGCACCCCUCACUCACUGUUAAUGCAAAGCGGUGUCAAUAUUAAUGCCAUUAUAUAUCACUUUGUCUGUCCUGCUAAGGACUGUCAGCUCCCCUCGCUCUUCCUGAGAAAGAUGGAGUCAUGCCCCCAAAGCAGGCAAGGAGAAUGCCAAACUGUGAUAUGAAAAGGAAGGAACUGAGUACCAGUUUCAGUCUCCUGUGCCCUCUAGCAGCAGGGCUGGCUUUGCUCUGUGGACUUUUACCAGGAAAAGAACUUAAAGAAAGGGAGGGGAGGGGUGAAGCAUCGUUGAAGGCCAAGUGGAUGGAGGGCGCCACCUGUCCCAGUUAAAGGCACAGUGACCAGGGUCUGCACUCGACCUCUUGCCCCUGCUGAGUGGGUUCUGGUGGAAGCUGCUGGCUGCCUUUUGCCAUCUCUGGGGCUCCGCUGUGCAUCUCGGAGCUAGUCCUUUGACACCUCCCAUCUGUAUCUUCAGCAGAGAAGAGGGAACAGUUCCAUGUUACCUUCAGUCUUUGAAUUCCUCCCCACCACUUACCCUCUUCCGGUGUUUUGAUGCUCCCGUGUGGUUUUCCCUGUGACCUGUUAGUUUAAUCUGCGUCUGUGACUUGGUUCUGUCUCCCUCCCCUCCCCUCGCUCUGCCAUCCUUCCAUGUGUAGAUUGUGUGAUGGAAGUCUUGGACCUGAUCAGAUUAAAAGCUGUGGAUUUCUGUGUG